GGAGCAGCCGCCGGAGCCGCGCCCCAGCCCGGGCUGUGUCUGCCCGGCCAUGGCGCUCGUCUUCCCCGCCGUGCGGGUGCUGCUCGGCCUCUUCUUCCUGCUCACCGGGGCGGUGAAGCUGACGGAGCGGAUCUCGGCCGAGCUCUACCAGCAGCUGAAGUCCCAGUUUGUGCAGUUUGCCGAUGUCUUCCCCCUGAAGGAGUUUGGCUACAAGCCGGAGCCGGGGCAGUAUCUGCAGGUGGUCGGCUGGAUUGAGGUGGUGGCUGGGGUGCUGCUGGCCUUUGGGCCCCAGCUCCUGCAGGAGAUCAGCAACUUCGUGCUCACCAUCGUCAUGAUCGGUGCCAUCUACACCCUGCUGGUGCUGAAGGAGCCGUUGGCCAUGUGUGCUCCAGCUACGAUCUGCCUGGGCCUCCUGCUGCUGCUCAACAUACGAGGAAGGGGGGGCAGGGCCAAGUCCAAGUUUGAGUGACUGGAAUGAAAUGGGGGGCGGGGGCACUGGAUUGGCAGGAAAUGAUGUCCUCCCCCCAACAAAGUGUUGCAAUGACAUGGCUUCCUGCCAAUGAACUUGCCGCUUACGCGCAGCACAAACUCACAAAUCCUGGGGAGGGACCAGCAGGCCCUGCUGGCAGAACUGGGCCCCAGUGCUGGCUAAUCCGGGGACCUGCUGCAGUUGUGUGCAGAGUGUGGGGAGCAGCUGCCGGUCUGAAAGCUUUGCACAGAGGCUGGGAAGUUUCUCUUUCUGCCCUGGCUUUGAAGGCAGCUUGUCCUGACCUGCCAGGUGGGGGAGGGUAAUUGGAACUGGGCUGUGGUGCGUUGUGCUGGGACCUCAUGGGGUGGUGGGGGAGCUCUGGAGUGUGCCCCAAAUGGGUAACAGCUGUGUGAGUUCCCACAAUGGGUCACCCUCCAGUGUGACCUGGGGUGAGUCGGGGGGUGUGUGUGUGUGCGCGUGUGUGUGUCAAGCUCCCAUGGUCUAGCAACCCCUUCACCUCUCUGCCAGCCAGUGCUGGGGGGACAGUCCCCCUAGGAACUGAGUUGAGACCAGAAAAUUCAUCUCAUGUCCAGACAGUUCCUGGCUGGAUUUGAACCACUGACAUCCCAUCACUGAUCCCAGUCCAGGCCUUGUGGGAAUCUUUGCGGCUCCCAUUCCUUGGGAGCCGCAGACAGCUUGGAUUUUCAGUGGAAAUAGCUGAGGUGAACCCCACCUUUGUUUCCUGGGGGCCCCACCCUUCCCCGCUGGCCAGGGAGCGUGGUGUGUAAGGACUCUGUGCAGUGGGAAUGAAGGAGGAACCUUCCAACUCUGCAACGUCUUUGCUGCUCAGAGCCAGUGGAGAUGCAGCGUGGUCCUCCGAGGCGGUGCCAGAAGGCUGCGGAUCUUGCAUCGGGUUCUCCAGGGUGGAUGUUGUGAGGUCUCUCCACUCUGAUGUAUGUGAUUCCAGCACAGGAUCCUCCUCCAUUCAGGUCAGCCCCAAAGCUGCACUGGGGUGCCGCCAUUGCCAGCGAGACAUCCUGCCCCCUGCGUUCUCCAGGCCUUCUGGGCCAAACCCCACAGGGCCGCUCCCCGAACUUGGACAUUUGCUCUGCAGUCUCAGUUCUCCCCACACGCUCUUCUCGCCCCAGGAGCCAGCUUGCGUUGAUUCCUUCAGGCUGCAAGGCUCCAGGGCUGAUUCCCAGUGUCUGCCCACAUUGCUUUUCCCUUCUUGCUGCUCACCCAGCAUCUCCAAUGUGAGCCCAAGUCUCCUCAGUCCUAGGACCAGCCAACCUGGCAGGCACAGGGCA